AACUGUCGACAUGUGUAUACCGUCAGUUUCGUCGUAAACGGGGGAAGGGAUGGUCCAGCGAGCGGACAGAAGAGCGAGGCCGGGUUAAUCAAUCCCAAGGAAAAGCUCGAAUGGAGGAUCCAAAGACUGUGAUCAAAGAUUCUUCAUCAGAAGAAAAAGAUGCAAAAGCACCCAAUCUUUCUGAGAGAGCGGAAGAAGAGAUAGAGGCUGUAGCCCACCAUAAUGAAUCACCACACCAUCACAAAGAAACACAUGGAAGAAGCGAUGAUAUUGAUGAGACUACGCCCGCCGAAGAAGUAAAGGCCCCCGGAGUGUUUGGGAGAGUCAAGGAAGAGAUUGAGGCCGUAGUGGGAGAAAUUCUUCCCAAGAAGGAUUCUGGCAAUCAUUAGUUUUCUUUAAAGCAAGGAGAAGGGGGUUGACACGAUGCUGUAAUAAUAAGGUUUGCUUUCUUCAAUGAUUCUUAGUUUCUUUCAUGAUGCAACUUGAUGCCAUAUGAACAGUUAUUUGAAAAUAUUAGCUGCAAAAUAUCUUGUUUCAAAACAAAUUGACAUGAAAAGUAGACUAUGUCUGAUAUGUCUGGCAUUCAUUUAAGUUUCCUUUGCCUUA